AGGAUUGCGUAGACAUGAGCAACGUCGGCCAGAGUUCGUUCGCUAUAUCUGGUCGUGAUCAGCUGGUUGGCGCAGUUACUGUCGAGACGUGGACUAGUGAGGAAGGAGUGUUCGAGUCUCCCCGUGGAUAUACUUCAUUUUCAUCUGUGCUUAACGUCAACUUAGCCGAUAAAUACAGUUACACAAGGCUAAACGGAGAGCAUUACUCAGGAACUGACAGAAGAACUCUUAUCAAGAGACGUGAGAGAGAUCAUCUGUACCAGAGUGGUCGCAACAGUGAGCAGAGCUUGCUGUGUGAGAGGUGAAGUUGGAGGAGGAGGCAUCUAAGCCCACAGUCUUUUAUCCAGCGGAGUGAGGCGGCUGCUGUCGGCUGCCCACCCCAUCCCUACCCACAACUCUGGCAGGAGGAGAGCAACAGAUUGACCGGAGGAUGGAGCGCGAGAGCAAUCAGCUUGAGACUGGUCCUAUCCUUUGUCGCAUGGGUUGUGGAUUCUUUGGAUCCCCAAACACAGAUGGACUCUGCUCUAAGUGUUAUAAGGACACACUCAAAAAGAAGCAGCAACCACCUUCUACAGUGACUUCUCCCACAGCCUCUGUAGCCCCUACCUCAGCAUCUCCAGCACCCCCAGCUUCUACCCUCCAUCAGGCUGCCACUGUCGUCACAACCACAGGCCAGCCGACCGUGCCCACCCUAACACAGGUUUGUGGAUGACAGUUUUUCAGAGUU